ACUCAUGUCUAACUGGGUGAGAAACGUCUUCUGAAGCCUCUUCUGUCUACAUCAUCGUUUUAUAUUUACUCACCAAACAGUCAAGUAAACUUCCUGACAGGCUGCCACAAAUAUUACGCAGGACUGUGAUGACACCAACAUUGGCAGAUCAUGCCUCAUCUGUGGAGAGUGAAGGAAAAAAACACAAACUUUCUUCCUGUUUGUUUAUCGCUCAGAGCAUCCCAUCCCUUCAGUAAGACCUCCCGCCUCUCAGCUCACAGCUGUGAGCAACGACCUCUGGUUAAUUGCAUCUGGAUUACUGGAAAGCAGAGGGGAUGAGACUACCAGAGAAAAUACCCCUGCUGAGUCCUUAUCUUCUGUUACAGGGCGUUAAAAGGGAAAUGCACUCUCAAAUCCACAACAGACCAAAGGGAAUAUCGCUAACACACACCAGCCCAUGGGUGUAUUUGGCGAUGGAGAGUCCCAACUUUACGCACAGAUCUGUUUCCUUAAACGACACGUCUGUUCGGAAUUCACAAAUGACCAGCGUCGAGACAGCAAUCGCUUUACCCAUUUUUAUGUUUGCUGGAGGCGCCAUUGGGAAUAUAAUUGCAAUAAUCGUCCUUUCAGUGUCAAAACAGGAGAGAAAAUCUUCAGCUUUCUACACGCUGUUGUGCGGUCUGGCGGUGACGGACCUGCUGGGCACCUGCCUGGCCAGUCCGCUCACCAUAGCCAACUACCUGGACCACAAUGUGCUGAAGGACCACCAUGUCUGCGAGUUUCACUCUUUUUUGCUGCUGUUUUUCGGUUUAACAGGACUGAGCAUCAUAUGCACCAUGGCAGCAGAGCGGUACCUGGCUAUAUGCUGCCCGUACAUCUACCAGCGGUGGGGGGUGGACCGACGCUUUGCGCAAAAGUUCCUUUUCUUUAUUUACAUCAGUCAUAUCUUCUUCUGCUGCCUCCCAAUGAUGGGCAUGUCGGUGAGCAAGCUGCAGCCGUCCGGGACCUGGUGCUUCAUCGACUGGGAGACACACGAGCCUGUGGCCGCCGCUUACUCCGUCCUGUACGGCGCCGUCAGCCUGCUGCUCAUCCUGGGCACCAUCGUGCUGAACCUGGCGGUGUGCGGAGCUCUGCUGCUGAUGCGCCAGAGGACCGUGCAGCGGCCCGUCACCAGAGCCAGCGUCCGGGAGAGGUGGAGGGCUCUGUCCUCGGCUGCAGAGACGCAGAUGAUCGCGGUGCUGGUGAUGACCUCCGCGGUGGUUCUGGCCUGUUCAGCCCCGUUGGUGGUCCGUGUGUUUGCCAACCGUUUCAUGCUGAAAAAUGACCCCAAAGCUGACCUUUCUGCCAUCCGAAUAGCCUCUGUUAACCCCAUCCUCGACCCCUGGAUCUACAUCCUCCUUAGGAGGUCUCUUUUUCGGCGAUUACUAAGUCUAUCCAGGCGAGGUAGCAGCACUCGCAGAGGUUCAUCUUCUACAACACAAAGGGAUCUGUUUGAUCCUGAUCUCAUGAGGGACAGCCACGUGUUCACCCAGCUGAUGUGCAACACAAACAUUAUAACUCAGCUGCCUGCCACCGUCAAAUUUACUGCGUACAACACAGAGAGUCAGACAUAAAACAGACUGAAGAUGUCUUCGACAUCCAUGAAUAUUUGCUGCUCUCUCCGGCUCCAAGCAGCUCGAUGCAGGGACUUCGUCUCAGAGUUGUUGUCAGUGGCAUGCAAAGACUGGGACGUCUCUGUGGGUCCACUGGACAGGACCCUCAGGGCUCCUGUAGGAUCAUUUAUGAAAUGAGAGUCAACGGCUGCUCUGCAUCUACAUAGAUGUCUCCUUCAGUGACAUGGGACAGAUGAGGAAAAACUAACUUUGAUGUAAUUACCAAAGUGUUACAAGACAUGACCAAACCUUUAAUUUGUGCCUUAGUCAGACCACCCAUCCUCCCUCAGUUACUGCCAUGUGCAUGGGAAACCUCUCAGAAGUUAGUUUUGCAACAGGAGAGAAAUUUGAAAGGCUGAUGUGAGCUUGAUGAAGCACUGACUUAAUGCUACUGAGCUAGCUUGGGCCUUAGUGUCUUUCGUCUUCUCGGUUGGACUGUUUUAGUCUUGAAUGGAACUCCUGUUGCUGUUGGUGUUGACCACCUUGACCCUCUUAUUAUAUUUCACCGUAAUAAUUGAUUUAAACCACAUUGGUCCUGUCAGUGGUAAUGAUUAGAAAUGAAAAGAUAAAACUCUUAACUAUAGGCAAAGAGGGCAUCAUAUAGGGACUAUUAUACCCUGUUCAGUUCAGAGUUCUUUAUUGUCCCUCAAGGGAACACUGGAUUUGUAGUUGGAGGUACACAAAACAACAAAAUCAGGCACAAAACUUCAAAACAUCCUUGUAGCACACAGCCAACAGAUUGAUUGAGUGAACAAUUUCAACACUUAAAAAGUGGACAGUGUAAAAAAAAAAGAAAAAAAUCCCUUGAGAUUGUCUGGAAAAGUAAUUUCUAAGGGUGUUACUGAGAAGGCCUAAGUGACACUAAUUAAAACAUUCAAGAAGUGUGCAAGUUAACAACUUUAAUUGCACAAGGAACAAAAUACAUUUUAAUGGUUUGUUUUUGCUCUAGGGAGCCAACAUCUCUGCCUAGAGGGAAGAGGAAUGAAUUCCUUUAAGAGUGGGUGGUCAGAGCUGGACCAACCACAUUUUUUUUUUAGGAUUAGUUCUUUAUUGUCAGGACAGCUGAAUACAUGAAUGAGGAAAGAGAGGGGGAAUGCUAUGCAGCAAAGGGCCACAGGUCAGAGUCGAACCCUCUGCGUUGAGGACUAAACCUCUAUAUAUUGGCGCCCGCUCUACCAACAGAACUAUCCGAGCGUCCCUUCUGUAAAAUGUGCCUGUCGCACAUCUUUGUUAAAGAGAGAUGCUGUGUGCCGAUUAUCUUACUGGAUAAUGCUACAGGCCUAUCUAUUUUCUGUAGCACGUGGUCUGUGGCAUUCAGUUUUUCAGGUCAGGUUCUGUUUUUUUUUUAUUUGAAAAACAUAACUCACAGUCAGUCACAGAGUUUCAGUCGGCCAUCAACUAUUUUUUUUUUAGUCUCGUAUCAUUAGACUUUAACUAUAUCACUGCUGAACUUACAUGUGCAUGUGCACUGGUAAGAAUGCGGUACAGGGAGUUUUGGCCAUGCAGGGAGGGAGGCAACAUACUGGUAACUGCUGCAUGACAACCUUUACAAAUCUUGUAAAAGUGCUCACAUACAUUUUGAUAGGACUUCAAAUUAAACUUAAAUUGAUGCAUUAAAAACGAAAUUGACCACUAGGGGGCAGAAAGACUCCAAAACAAGGAAUCUGAUGAAAAUAGGAGAUGAAACAGUUUAAACUGGAAUAUAGGGCUUUGCUCCUUGAUGCCAGGCAGAGGAAAGCACAUUUUUGCAAUUUGUCCAACUUUUCCUGCAAUUAAAGGGUAUUAAAAAGCAUAAUGUAUAAAUACAUAUAACAUUUAAUAUGUUCAGUAUUCCAUAAUGCAUUUAUUCCUUCCCAACAUUUAAAAAUAGCAUUUACUAAACAUAAGCAGACAAGACUGUGCAAAGCUGCACCGCUGUACAUUUUUGUACCUUGACACCAUAAAUAAAAAUCUAUUAACAUCGGUUAAGUAAAAAGUCUGCCUCGAAAUCCAAGAUGCACAAAAAUAAUUAGUUUUACAAAGUAAGCUCCUCUUUUUCCAUUCAUUAACAUUUACAUCCCAGUUAAAAGCUUUACAGAAGAGAGCCAACAUUCAAAUGAGCAGUGUUCUCCCAGUUUACUGUACAGAAACAGCCAGCAUGAAACAAAACAACUAAACCAUAAAGAAACUCAUUAAGAGUUUAUGAAUUUUUACAUCUUGACCACCUGGAAACAAUGCCCCCAUCCUGUGGUGGAUCAGUUAUUGAUAACUGCGUUGGAGAAAAUGAGGAAGGAAAAUCAUAAAAAAAAAAACCUUAACUGCAGCUGCAGACAGCGAGAUUUAAAAUGUUCAAAUAUGACUUGCGCUGCUUUCUGCAGGUUGCAGUGAACAGUGCAUGCUUGCACUAUGAAGGGAUUGUGUUACUUUCUUGAAUGGUUUUGUUUGGAUGUUGUCCGUCAAUGUCACACUGCUGUUUAACAUCAUCACAUUUCUCAGCUGUUGAUAAAUUUAGAUUGGUUUUCAUUUACUCACCCCUCACAAUGACAAAGUAUUUUACUUUGAUCGUCACCUCAUGUAUUACACCAAUCUGAUAUGCAGAUGAGGUGUAUCCUUUUUUAGGUUAGCAAUUAAAAGGCUUUUCAAAAAAAGGAUUACAAUUGUUCCUUCAAAAAAAAAAAAUUGAGGACUAAAAAGGCGCUAAUUCCAAAAAAAUGUUUUAAAAAAAGAGAUAAGGAUGCACCUGUCAUAGACAACAUUUCAAGAAAACAUGAAAGAUGCUCUGUAAUUAUAUAUGAUUUAGAGCUAUAGUUGAUUGCGUAGUGUUAAGGAAUUCAAUCUCAACUGGUACUCUUUAAGUAGUAUUUUCAGACAUCUGGUUCCUCAGAACAGUGGUAGACACUAGGGAGAAGUUACAGUGAAAUAAGCAAUAUCGAUAUGUGUCUCGUUGUCAAACAAAUGAUAUCCAAUCUUCUUAAAGCUCUGCUUUGGUCUUUACCAACUACGUAUAAAUAUCUGCCACUUUGUUCUGCAGUCACUCAGUCAAUCUGUCUGCUGUUUAGUGUUAGGAAGGUAGCAUAUAAGCAGAGUUUAUUAGUUGAUGAGAGCAUUUUCCUUUUCUAACACAAGAUAUGUGCGGCUGCAAAACCAAACAAUCAUAAAGCCAUCGAUAAAGCUGCAGAGAGGGGUGCUAAUUCUCGGCUUUUUCGUCAUGUAAUUCAUGUUAAUAUAGAAAAUGUUGGCAUUAAAGUGUUGAGGUUUUCCUAACAGCUGAAUUGUAAAGACUACCAUCUGACUUGACUGUACUUGAUGCAGACACCAGAGUUCUCGGGUUUUAAUCCAACUCCUUUGUACUUUUUGAGGCUGGUGUUUAUGGUGUGGUGUUUAGUUUUUGAUAUUUCUGCUUAGACCAUGUUUCAAUUUAACACACUCCAAGAACACCCAGUCCAGCCUUAAAGUGUACAAUAGUCAAACACACAAACAACUACGGCAGCAGUCUU